GGUUGUGUCUUACGCGCUUCCGAGACAGCCAGGCUGUGAGAUUCACACACAGCUCUCAGAUAGCAUGGCGGGCAGCAGCGUUAGUAAUGUAGAGGAUGUAGCCUCGGCUUCCAGCUACCAGGAUUUUCAAGCCGAGCACCUGCACCUAGAGCUUCGGGUGAACAUGGAGGCGCGGCGUAUAACGGGCUCGGAACGGCUGGAUUUGCGAGUGCUGCGAGAGAGCGGGGAGCUGCGUCUGGACUCUCACCCGAGCCUGCGUGUGCAGCGAGUAUGGGCAGAAGGGAUCUCCGGGGGAAAAGAAAACGUGACCUGGGAGGACAAACCCUUCACCCGCUACGGGAGUAUUCUGGUGCUGCAUCUGUCUGAGCCAGCCUCACCCGGAGCACGGAUCUCGGUUACCAUCGAGUAUGAGGCUGGGGAGGGACCUGGGGUGUGUUGGCUAGAUCCGCAGCAGACAGCUGGGAAGAUAAAGCCGUACAUGUACACACAGGGGCAAGCUGUGCUGAACCGCUCUUUCUUUCCGUGCUUUGAUACACCUUCUGUUAAAUGCACUUAUUCCGCUAAUAUCCAGGUGCCAGAGGGAUUCACAGCAAUUAUGAGUGCAACCAACUGGGAUCGCCAAGGUGACACUUUCAUCUUCAAUAUGAAACAGCCUAUCCCAGCUUACUUGGUGGCUUUAGUUGUAGGUGAUAUUGUAUCAGCAGAGGUUGGACCAAGGAGCAGAGUGUGGGCAGAACCAUGUCUGAUUGAAGCAGCUAAGAAGGAGUAUGAUGGGGUGAUAGAAAAAUUUGUCAGUGUGGGGGAGAAACUCUUCGGACCAUAUGUUUGGGGCAGGUAUGAUGUGCUGUUCAUGCCACCAUCUUUCCCUUUUGGUGGCAUGGAAAACCCCUGCAUCACAUUUGUCACUCCAUGCCUGCUUGCUGGGGACCGAUCUUUAGCGGAUGUCAUCAUACAUGAGAUCUCUCACAGCUGGUUUGGAAACCUGGUUACCAACGCCAACUGGGGUGAAUUUUGGCUGAAUGAGGGCUUUACUAUGUAUGCACAGCGCAGAAUCUCCACAGAGAUAUAUGGUCCUGCCUAUACUUGCUUGGAAGCAGCCACUGGAAGAGCUUUACUGCGCCUUCACAUGGACAAUUCCGGAGAAGACCAUCCUUUGAAUAAGCUUCGUGUCAAGAUAGAGCCUGGAGUAGACCCAGAUGACACUUACAAUGAGACCCCCUAUGAGAAAGGCUAUUGCUUUGUUUCAUAUCUGGCCCAUCUCACUGGUGAUCAGGGCAAGUUUGAUGCUUUCCUGAGGGGGCUGGUUAAUAGGUUUAAAUUCCAGAGCAUCACUGCUGAUGACGCCCUACAAUUUUAUCUGGAGUAUUUCCCAGAUCUCAAGGUGCAGGGAGUCGAUAAAAUUGCAGGACUAGAGUUUGACUGCUGGCUGAACACCCCUGGGUGGCCGCCCUUUUUACCUGACCUCUCUGCAGGAGAAGCACUCAUGAAACCAGCAGAGGACCUGGCAAAACUUUGGGCAACCACUCCCCUGAACAUGAAAGCUAUUUCAAAAGUGGACAUUACACCGUGGAGGACUUACCAGCUUGUCCAUUUCCUGGAUAAAGUCCUAGCUUUGUCCCCAUUGCCGAAUGGUAAUGUAGAGGAGCUGGGAAAGCACUAUCCAAAGAUAUCUGAAGCUAGCAAUGCUGAGCUGCGAUUGCGCUGGGCACAGAUCGUGCUGAAAAAUGAUCACCAGCCUCACUUUCAUAAAGUCAAGGAUUUCCUGCACAGCCAGGGGAAGCAGAAGUACACUUUGCCAAUUUAUCGCGCAAUGAAAGCUGGCUCAGAGACCGCACAGGCGCUGGCCGUGGAGACCUUCACCCAAACAUCUCCUCAACUUCAUUUUAAUGUGCAAAACUAUGUCAAGAAAAUCCUAGGACUUAAAUAAAGCUUAUAUGCCCUGGGAGCUCUGAGGGUUUGGGAAGCUUAUGGAAGUCUGAGUUUGACAGUAAGACAACCAAUUUAUAGUACACGAGACGGACAUGGUGACAUGCCAUAUGCAUUCUGCUUAAAUCAGUAUGUGUGAUAUUUUCAUGUAUUUUUGUAAUUGCAGCUUAUUUUGAUGCAUUUUGAUCUUGUGAUAACAAAAAUUUAUAUUUUUAGACCACCCUAAAAUUGAUUUGUAGCUUGUUUAUCAUUCUAUAUGGAGGCUGGUCCUUUAGGCUCAGAUAAAUAUGAUUUGGAACCCAAAAAAUAAAUGUUUGAUUACAAAUGUAAAAAUA